AUGGCAUCCAAACUAGCAGAUAGGAAGAUCUCGCGGGAGGAAGUUGCGCAAAACAACACGGAAGAUUCCUGUUGGUGUAUCAUCGACCACAAGGUCUACGACUUGACUGAUUUCCUCGAUGCGCAUCCCGGUGGCAAUGUCGUCCUCACCCAGAUUGCCGGAACAGAUGCGACAACCGCCUUCUACAACCUCCAUCGACACGAGGUGCUGCAAAAAUAUGCCAACCUUUGCAUCGGCACCGUCGAGAACGAGAUGCCCGAGGUGGUUGACCCACAGCCUGGGGAUCUCAGCAAGGUGCCAUAUGGCGAACCCAUAUGGCUAUCCCCUGUCUACAAGAGUCCUUACUACAACGAUUCGCACCGUAGACUACAGAAGGCGUUACGAAAGUUUGUCGAUACGCAUGUGUAUCCAGAAGCGCAGGAGAAGGAACUUGACGGCACUUAUAUCUCCCAAGACCUCGUGGAUAAGAUGGCGGAGACGAAUUUGUUAGCUAUGCGAUUGGGUCCGGGGCCGCAUUUGCAUGGUCGAAAACUGUUCGGCGGCAUCAUCAAGGGAGAGGAGUUUGAUUACUUUCAUGACCUUAUCGUUGCGCAGGAGCUGGCGAGAGCCAAUGCUCGAGGAUUCCAAGAUGGCAACAUGGCUGGCAUGAUGAUUUCUUUAACAGCCAUACGACAGUGGCUUAAGAACACGGAAUUACGCGACAGGGUCACUGAAGAAUGUCUUUCCGGGAAGAAAUUCAUGUGCCUGGCAGUUUCGGAGGCUUUUGCCGGAUCUGACGUCUCGGGCAUCCGCACUACGGCUACAAAAACUCCCGAUGGCAGGCACUACAUAAUCAAUGGAACCAAGAAAUGGAUCACCAACGGCAUGUGGGCCGACUACUUUGUCACGGCUUGCAAAACCGAAAAGGGAUACUCCGUCAUUCUUGUCCCACGCGACGAGAACAUCGAGACCAAACGCAUCAAGACCGCCUACUCAACUACUGCAGCCACUACUUUUAUUCAGUUCGACAAUGUCAAGGUCCCCGUUGAAAAUCUGCUUGGCGAAGAACACAACGGCUUCAUCGUGAUAAUGAGCAACUUCAACCACGAGCGUUGGGCCAUGGCCUGUAUGGUCAGCCGUUGGAACCGCACUGUUGUCGAAGAGUGUCUCAAAUGGGCCAACCAGCGAAUCGUCUUUGGCAAGCCCCUCAUUAAUCAACCAGUCAUCCGUCAGAAGCUAGCCAAGAUGAUCUCUCUCACAGAAGCGUCGCAAUCCUGGUUGGAAACCAUCACGUAUCAGAUGUGCAAUAUGAGCUAUGCACAGCAGACAAAGCACCUCGGUGGUCCCAUCGGGCUUCUCAAGUCGUAUGCCACCCGCUGCGCUCAUCAGAUCGCGGAUGAUGCUGUCAAUAUCUUUGGAGGUCGUGGGAUCACACAGACUGGAAUGGGCAGAGUGGUCGAGCAAUUCCACCGUACCUAUAAGUUCGAUGCCAUUCUUGGCGGUACGGAGGAGAUUCUGGCUGAUCUUGGUGUGAGGCAGGCAAUUAAGCAGAUGCCCAAGGCCAUGCUAUAA